AUACCUUCAGGAAAAGAUUUCCUUUAUUUACCCACAGAAUUAUUUUAUUUAUAUAUAAACCUUGAACAUAACGAUUUAUCUAUAUAUAGUAAUCGUUGUGAUUCAAUAAAAUUAGAGUCAAUAAAUUUAAAGGAACAUGUAGAUGAAGUGAAAAGAAUUUGUAAAAAGGUCCUAAGACAUUUAGAAAAAAAUGAUCGAAUAUGGUAUAUUUCAGUACAUAAAAACGAAGUGUGCACGCUUUUUAAUUAUUGGGUAUACAGUCAAUUGGCUAAUAUUCUUGGUUCAGAUGAAUCUUCUAUUAUUCUUGCUUUUGGAGAACUCCAACGUUCUCUCCAUAAUAAGUGUGAGCCUGAUUUUAAUAUACCUCAACCGGCUGACUGGAAGAAAAGAAAGAAUUGUAUGAAUAUUAUGUUGAUUAUGAAAAUCUUUUAUUUACGGCUAAGCACAAUGAUGAUAAAUGCAGAUAUUAAAAUAAAAUUAAUGAAAUGAAUGCAAGGAAAAAAUAUUGAGUCUGCGCUAAAACAAUUACCUUGUCAUGCUACAAUUAAUGGUAUAACUGGUUCCAUUUCAGAGGAUAAAUCUUCACUUCUAAGGCCAAAUCCCGAAAAAUUGCCUCUAGUUCCUGCAAAUUAUCCUACAGCCAAAUCUGAUAUCCAGUUAGAUAGUGGAAAUUCUGGAAUUGGAACAAACGUUACUCAUUCAAUUCUUGGCACAGCUCAAGUUUUAUUAACUAGCACUAUGUUAUAUAGAUACAAACUUGUAAACAACUUGCUUUACAUAUAA